GUCGUAAUGACGUCUGGCUCAGAAGAAGAAGAAGAAGAAGAGUUUACCUACCGCACCUAAAAUUUUCUUUUUUGCACUUUUUGUGGAGUUUUCCCACGAGUUUUUUCCACAAAAUGCACUAGUUUUGCACGUAGACAUUGUGUGGAGAAUAAUGUUGUAAUCUUUGCGCAUGGGUGCAGUGAAUUUGGAGGAGUGGAUGCUGUGAAAAGGGCAGACAACCCUCGUUUUGGUUGUCUAUUUUUGUCUGGCCCGGUGAUAAAUUCCUAAAAUAGCUUUGUCUCUCCCACUCCUGCGUCACAUUUGCUCAUCCGCGAGUGUCCAGUUAACCAGAAGAAGUCGAGGGAGUCACCCCCAAGGCAGCUCAAGUGGCAGAAAUUAGUGGAGAAAGAUCUCUUUGAAAGCGAAAGUAAUUUUCGUGGGAUUUUCCAGGAGGAUUCAUCAUUUGUUGUGUUGAAGGGAGGACAAAGAAGCAGACUCCGCAAUGUCUUCCUCGAAUUUCCUUAAGAAUAAAAAUGUGAUAAACACUGUGCUCAACAUCCUUCCCGACAAUCGUCCCCUCACAGGACUCAUCGUCGUGGAAAAUCAUGAAAAGUGCCCCAAAAAUUUUGCACCAAUUCAUCUCACCUACGACCAGGACAGCGAUGCAGAUCUGUGGCGUGAAUCGUAUAUUUUCGCCAAACAUCCUGGAAGGUAUUUGUGCAUGUCAAAGCAGGACACUGAUGCUGAUACGGUGGUGGAGACAAUCUCGGUGAUUGGGGCAAAUGAGAGGACCCCCGAAGGGUUCUCCAGCAUCAAACAGACCACGGACAGUGCGCAAAAAGCGUGGCGAAAGCGCCAACUAAUCUACAAGGUGGUGGAGAGAAAAAAUGCUUCCAAAGCCGUUACGGAUAUUAUUAUUUGCUCCAAGAGCAAGAAAGCACCCAGCGGAUUCCUCGUUGCGGGGGAAAUUAGUGGACUGUCGGUGUGCUACAAAGUUGGUCCAGCAACACGGCCACUGCCUGAAUUGCCGCCACCGCCACCAAUUGAUAACAGAGAGAAGGCCCUUUCGGCUCUGGGGAAUCUCUCAAUUUCGCAUAUUUACGAAAAUACCCAAACAAGCCCCCAAGCCCCAUUGCGGCCAGCCCCAAAACCACCGACUCCCACUAGUACCCUCUACGGCACCCUCGGUGGGGCAACGUAUGCUGAAAUUGAGGGCGUUCCCUUUGUGCUGAAUCCCAAUCUACGACGAAAUAACGAUUUUAUCAAUGUGCCAGACUUCAAGCCAUCCUCCACUUUGAGCAGCAGCAACAUUGACUAUGACUUUGCCCUCGAGAGGCAAAUUCUCUGCACGACAAAGGCAAUAUCGCUGACAAAUAACCCAUUCUUCCACUGAGACUGAAAGCUCUCCUCCACAUUGUGUAAUCAUCCUUCGCUCAGAGCGCGCGUCACAAAACGUUGUUAUUUGCCAUCAUUUUAUCUCUAUUAUACGCGUCUUUUUAUGAUAUCAUAAUUAUAUACUGGAAAUUUAACUAAUAAGAGAAUUUAUCUAAUGAAAUUUUACCGUAAAUAAAGCGAAUUUACCAUGAAAA